AUGGCCAAGAGGACGCUCGACAGCUUCUUCGCCACCACGCCAAAGAAACCACGACUCGAAGCCGCGUUGCAACCACAACUACAACCACAACCACAACCACAAUCACAACCACCAGUAUCAUCAACCCCAUAUCCAAACCCAAACCCAUCCCCAUCCCAAUUUACGAAUCAUCCAACCUACCCGUGGCCAAUCCCGCAUUUAUCAGCGCAUAUCUCCCGGGAAUUCGAACCCCAGGUGACAGCUCAAGGCCGCGAAAUCAAAGACCAACCACACCUCGACCUGCUAUAUUUCCAGCCCUUCAUCCCCAAAUCCAUCGAAAGGGAGGUCUUCCAUUUUCUGCGCUCGGAGCUCUUCUUCUACCGCGUCCGGUACACCAUCAAGCGCUUCGGCAAGGAGACGGUGAUCAACACGCCACGCUUCACGACGGUGUUUGGCCUGGACGCCACGAGCCGGUUCGUCGACGACGGCGACAGCGUCCGAAUCGUCGGAUUUCCCGACAACAGGACCGUGAGGCGGGAUAAGUACCGCUGCAAGCCGCGCCCGAUUCCGGAGUGUUUGGACCUGUUGCGCCGGGUAACGGAGGCGAACACCAACACCGCCUACAACUUCUGUUUGGUGAACUAUUACGCCUCGGGAAGUGAUAGCAUUUCGUUCCACAGUGACGACGAGCGCUUCUUGGGGGAGAACCCGGCGAUCGCUUCAUUCACGCUGGGCGCGAAGAGGGAUUUCCUGAUGAAGCAUAAACCGCCUAAAGAGGGCGAGGCGAAGCUCGAAACGAGGGACAUCAAGCUGGCGCUUGGGAGCGGGGAUAUGGUGCUCAUGCGCGGUCCCACGCAGGCGAACUGGUUGCAUAGCAUACCGAAGCGUAAGGGUGGCGAGGCGGACCGGGGAAGGAUCAACAUCACGUUCCGGCGAGCGAUGGUCCCGGCCGGCACGGAGAACUAUUAUCGGUAUAAUGUCGGCGAGGGCGGUUGUUAUAAGUGGGAUAGCUCGAGGAAGGAGAUGAUGCCGUGGGUGAGAGCAGGUGAUGCGGGUUGA